AUGAUCCGGGAACCUGGCAUGAGGGUAGCUUCUAAGGUGUCUUCCUAUUGCUCUGGUGAUCACCAUGUCCCUAAACUCGAAUUGACCCGAACACCUCCAACGGUGGUGCUACCUACCUCUCAAUGGUGGGAUGGCACUACUUUAAAGGACAUUUACACAGACGAAUUCCUUAGGGACAUGGAAACUGCUCGUAGAAAGACCAUUCAAGUCAGUCUUGUAAGGAUCCCUCCUCAGCUUAAGGAGCUUAUAUCCAAGAUUCCCGAGAACUCUUCAUUCAGUGAAAGGCAUGGAAGCCUCAUCAGCUUGGUCAACACCAACAUUGAGGAAGAUAUGAUAAAGGUCUUGUUCCAAUUCUUUGACCCUCUGCAUCACUGCUUUACCUUCUUGGACUAUCAGUUGGUACCUACAUUGGAGGAGUUCUCCCGGCUCCUGAAGAUUCCUAUCCUUGAUCAGCUACCCUUCAACGGUACAGAAAAGGAACCUAAGCUUGAAGAGAUUGCUAAAGCCUUGCACCUACAGUCAUCUGACCUCAAGGGACAUUGGGAAGUUAGAAGUGGUGUCAAAGGGUUCUUAUCCAGGUUUCUGUUUGAGAAAGCCCUUGAAUGUUGGAACUCUCUUGACUUGCAAGCUUUUGAAGAGGUUGUGGCCCUCCUUGUUUAUGGUUUGGUGUUGUUCCCUAACCCAGAUCAGCUCAUUGAUAUCAGUGCCGUUCAGAUCUUUAUGUCCAGGAAUCCUAUACCUACAUUGCUGGGGGACAUCCUUCACUCAUGUUACACUCGAACCAUGAGAAAAAGAGGUGUCCUUAUGUGUUGCACUCCUCUCCUGGGAAGGUGGUUUAUUUCGCACCUUCCCCAAUCAGUCCUGAAGAAUGAACGGGGUUUGAGAUGGUCACAACGGUUGAUGACUCUUACACAUGCAGAUAUACAUUGGUGUCCUAGAUCCAGAGGAGAUAUCACUAUCAUUGAUCGUUGUGGGGAGUACCCUAAUGUUCCUUUACUUGGAAUCAGAGGAGGUAUUACUUAUAGCCCAUGCCUGGCUUGGAGACAGUUUGGUUAUGCUCGGAGGGAUGGUCCUCAUGACAUGUUAAUUCCUGACAUAGUUUUUGACUUCGACAAUGAUACUCAAGGACUUCGUCAGAGAUUUAUCAGAGCCUGGAGGAUGCCCAGUAGGAUAGACAGCAAAACACUGGGGCACAGGAACUCCAUCCCUUUGGAGCCUUAUCUCAAAUGGGUACGCGUCCGCUCUCAGAAGUUAGUGAUGCCUUAUCCUCACAUGCUUCCAGUAAUCAAAGAGCCUGUCUUGGAAGGGGAAGUGUCUCAUGUUAUUCAGCACCCUGAUAUGCCCACAUCCUGGGAAGAGACGCAGAAGAGCUGGAUCCAGCUUAAGGAGGAAAGGAAUUCUCUUGAGACUAGUCUGCAUGCCAGUGAAAAGAAAGUCCUGGAGCUCACUCGCCUGUUGCAUGAGGAGAGGAACCUCAACACCUACAUAGCUCCGAAGAGGAUGCGCAGUGUAUUUUGGGAUUGA